GACUGUGAUGCCCGUGGAUUGCCUGCUCCACGCUCUCUCCCCGCCGCUUUUCUUCGGUCCCGCCCGUUGAUCCGUCCGCGUGCUGCGAAGCCCGCCUCACCAUGGAUGGCGCAAGCUACAACAUGGAUGUAGAUGACCUUUUUGGCGACUCGGAGCAUGUCAACAUACAGUCGAUUAAUACAACGCCUCCCGUCAAGGGCCUCGAUGCCCGCAUCGACGAGCUGGGCUCGAGCGGCUGUUGCCAAAAGAUUUCGUGGUCAAAGAAUGGCUGUGUCGCAUACAUAAGCCCAGACGGCUAUUCUGUCAACCUCAACAUAUUCUCACGUCAUCCUGAAACGGGCAAGUGGGAUCUCCGCAGGAACGUCCCGCUCGACCUGCCACAAGGCCGCGAUGUGUUCCCAUUGACGCACUUGUCAUGGAGCCAUCUGGGCAACGAUCUCGCCGUCACCGACGAGGCCGGCCGCGUCAUGGUCUUUUCCUGCGCCAUGGCCCUGGACCGCAUGCAUUUCACCAGAGCAGAAAUCGCCCAUCCCGAGUCCGAAGCAGAUGCUGUCGUUGGCAUGCAUUGGCUGGCAAUCCUGCCAUAUGCACAAAAGAAUCUGAUCGCUUGGUCGGCGGCGCGAGAAGGGAACAAGUGGAAGUGGAACAUCAGACAGCACUUGUUCAACAACGCCCAUCACCCAGUCGACGGCAAAGCGUCACUCAUCUACCUGAAGAGGUACGGUGAACUCAAACUCCGCUUCCAGCAAAACGACAACAACUGGCAAGAAGUAUCCGCCCAGCUGGGGCCCAUGGUGGCGACCAGAGAAGCCUUUACCCAUGCUGCUUUUGCCUCCAACAACGACAACAACCUUCUGCUAGCAGCAUACGAUGUCAAGAGACGCCUACACCUGUACCGUGUGGAAGCCAUUUGGAAUGUUCCAGCUGAUAAACGAAGCCAAAAUGCUGGUCCCUUUGAGAAGCCAACCAUUCACGUCUCACUCCUCGCUCUAGAAGAUGCUUGCAAUCCUGUUGACAUGAUCAAUGACGACCUAAGUAAUGGUACAUCAUCAAAAGGGCCUGCUGCUGCCGCUCAACUGACGCAUUUGAAUUUCCUUCCUGUCACACCUCAACAAGACGACGGCUCUGUGCCUACAAUCCAGGCCAUAUUUAGCAAGCCACCAAACCCCAUUUCAUAUGACAUGAACCCACAAGAAACACGCUAUAGUACCAUUGUCAAGUGGGAGGUCCAUCAAGAACAGCAGAACCAGCUGCACCCGGGCCUCGACCACGUCACUUCCAAGAAAAAGAGCGUUGGUUCAAUACCUGCCCAGACCACAUAUCUGCUCAAGCGACAGCCAGAUUUCUCGCUUCACGCAGUCGUCUUGGAGUUUUAUCCCAUCUGGUAUAACAUGCUGCUAGCCUUUUGCUAUAGCGAUGGCUCCAUUGAGUUCAGGAAACGAUCUACAAUGGAGAUUAUCAUGCCAGAUGAUAACACAGAACAUGUAACUUCGCUGCUGCAGGCUGGCUUCAUCUUCCAGCAUGCUGAACCCUCACUCCAUGUUGCAUUCUCUCCCAACCACUGCAUGGCUGUGGGUCUGCAAUUAGACGGCACAGUGAAGCUCCGCUCGAUGGAAUAUUCGCACGGCACACUAUCUACAGAUGACGAAGACCCGCGCCAUUCUGCUGCACUUGCAGCACUCAUUCUUCAGUCAUCCUCGGCUGCCAACCAAUACUUCUCCAGCGACGACAUCUUCGCAAUCGUCGGGUCAAUGAGCGACAAGCGAAAGCAUGACUUCAUCAACCUGCUAUUUGAAGGACUGCAGGUGAACAUCGACUGCGGAAUCGACGACUCAUCUACAAAUCAUUUCAUCUUACUAGGACGGUCGCCGUUCUUUGUGAAGAGCCUCUCGGCAAUGCAUCUCCUUGGACUGCACGGCAACAUCGACCGCACCCUGAGCAGCAAAAUAGCGUGGCAGAUACUCAACAUCAAAUAUGUCACGCAGAUCCUCACCACCAUUGUCCGCAUGCACGGCGACGUGGGAAAGACGAACCUUAGGCCCGAGGCUGUGCCACAGAUGAUUGGCACCAUUCGAUGGACGAUGCAUUUCAUGGCCUACACGCUCGACGAGCUCUUCUCCCUCGGCCGCGCCCUAUCCGACAUACCAGCCGCCGAGCUGACGCGCGAAGUGCUCGAGAACAAGAUCAGGGAGAUGAACAAGCCUGCCGUGCUCAUCCUGCUUUCGGCCUUCCCCCGCGCCAUGAUGAAGCUCUGGGCGCAGCCCAUCCAAUGGGUCAAGCGCAGCGCCGAAGCCCACGCCAACAACCCCAAUGCGCCCAUCCAGUCGCCCGAGUCCAAGAAACUCUACACGCCUCUGCUCUCGGCCGUCACCGAACUCCCCUUUGAGUGGCGCUGGUUCGAAGUCCUCAUCAGCGAAACCCUCAACCACGUCCGCGGCAUCUACAAGCAGCGCAACCUCAACGACGCCCAGCGCAACCUCGUCGAGCGCGAGAUCCUCCUCGGGAGAGUCCCCGACAUCCUCUUUCCAGUCGCAAAGCGCCUCGUCACCGACACCCUGUGGAACAGCAACCAGCAAAACGGCUGUCUGGCCGACAAACUCGACAUGGGCAAGCUCAUGUUCUUCGACACGACGUGGCUGGGCUUCCAUGCCUCGAGGCGCGCGCAGAUCUGGCACGAUAGCCACGUCGUCGAUGUGUGUCAGAAGAUGAUUAUUCGCGGCGUGGGCACCUGGGUCCACCCAGUCAGCACGGGGCCCGGCCAGCACAUGGGCAGUCGCAACCGCAGCGAUAGCAUUCAGAGUACCGGCGGUGCGCAUCCAGACGCCAACGGAGAGCGGAAGAGGAAGAACAUGCUUAGGCAGUGUGUGCGGUGUGGCGCGUGUAUGGAGGAUGUCGUCCCGGGCCUGCUGGGCUACACCAUACACCACUACCAGUGGCUGGUGGGCGUGAGCAAGCACUGUGUCUGUGGAAACAGUUGGAUGCUCGCUGAAACAAAGCCCACGGCCAAAUAA